AUGGGCGCCGAAAAUACCAACGACGAGAUGGAGAAGCGUGUUGGCUUUGAGAAAGAGGACGAUGCUCAUUCAAGCGGAAGCGAUGAUGAGUACCAAAAGGCUGUUGAGGUCACUUUUGAUCCCGGAAACCCUUACCGUCGCAAAAGCUCUCUGGUCACGUCUGAGUCGUCCAGGCCUUUGCCUCGCCAUCCAAGCCAGAGAACCGAGUGCAUCGUACACCAGUUCCUCGAAAGCCAGAGAAAGGCUCGAAACGCGGUAGCCUCUGCCAGCAGCCAUGGUUCGCGGUCGAAUUCGGUAUCAAGCUCCUCGAAAGCCACCACGGACAACUACCACCACGGUCACCACACUUAUGAGAAUCCUCACCGGCAAGUGGGCGCUUGCGAUGUAGCCGGGGAGCCAGGCAUGUCGAAGACUGUCGAGCCCAAGGGACGCCUCGCCAAGCAAAGAGCGUCGAUCUUGGCAGCCGACAGCCCUGAAGGCAGUGACGUUGGCCAGGCCGACGAAAAGUCCUGGCGUUCGGAGAUCAUCAAAUCUGCUUCGCAAGUCGACCUCACGCAGUCCGACGACGAUGAUGAGCUACACAGUCGCCUCCUCACCAAAAAGCAGCUGAGUGAGAUGGCCUGGGGAGUUCGAGAGCUCAGCAGACGGCUCAGCAGUAUGCGCAUCAGAUUUCGCGUAAAGACGAUUUUUCUUCUGACCAAGAUUCACGACGCGGAUUUGAUCGCGCGCACGCGAGAACUGACCAAAUGGCUUCUAUCACAUGAGCGUGACGUAGUAUACACAGUCUACGUGGAAGAAAAGUUCAAGGAAAACAAAAAGUUCAACGCGACGGGCAUAGUUCAGGAGCUCAAGAAGGAUGCUGCCGAAGGAGGCUCACUGAGACCCGGGACAAGCGAAGAUGCCAUCUCCAAGCGUCUUCGGUACUGGAAUGAUGACAUGUGCCGGAACCGGCCGCAUAUGUUCGACUUUGUCAUCUCUUUGGGAGGCGACGGCACCGUUCUCUACGCCAGCUGGCUAUUCCAGCGCAUAGUCCCACCGGUACUGAGCUUCUCCCUCGGCAGUCUGGGAUUCCUGACAAAAUUCGAUUUUGAGGACUACAAAAGCAUCCUCGAGAACGCCUUCAAUAAGGGUGUCACAGUCAGCUUGCGCUUGCGUUUCGAGGGAACCAUUAUGAGGAGCCAGUCGAGGAAACAGCUGGUGGAUGGCGAGGAGAGCAGCUCGAGCCAAGACGACGAUGGGCGAAAGCUUGAUCUCGUCGAAGAACUGGUAGGCGAGGAGAGGGAAGACGAACAUACCCACAAACCAGACGGAACUUUUGAGAUACUGAACGAAAUCGUCGUGGAUCGUGGUCCAAAUCCAACAAUGUCGUACACAGAAAUCUUCGGUGACGACGAACACUUUACUUCCGUCUUGGCAGACGGCAUUUGCGUUUCGACCCCAACGGGCUCCACCGCGUACAACCUGGCGGCGGGCGGCUCGCUCUGCCACCCGGAGAACCCCGUCAUGCUCGUCACCGCCAUCUGCGCACAUACGCUUUCGUUCCGCCCCAUCAUUCUCCCAGAUACCAUUGUCCUUCGUGUGGGCGUGCCCUACGACGCGAGAACCAACUCGUGGGCUAGCUUUGACGGCCGCGAGCGCGUGGAGCUAUUUCCCGGAGACUACGUAACGAUCAGCGCCAGCCGUUAUCCUUUUGCCAGUGUUCAGGCACAGGGCCGGCGUAGCGAAGACUGGGUCAACAGCAUCAGCGGCAAGCUGGGCUGGAACACCCGCCAAAAGCAAAAGGAGUACAAGGAAUGGGAGCGAUAG